AUGGAGUCGAGGAGGGAGGUGGACUCGCUGGAGAAGCAACUUAAGGAUAAGAAUGACUCCGAUGGUGGGGAGGCAGCAGAAGCGCUGAAGCGAGAGCACGAGGAAGUGGUGGAAGUGUUCGAGUCUCGCUUGGAGAGGUUGCAGAGAGAGAACGAGAAGCUUCAGAAAGAUCUUACUGCGAGGGUCGAACUCGAGUUGCGAUUCGAGAAACGAGAAGCCAGGAUGGAGAAAAACAUUAAGGAGAGCUGCGGGCGUGACAUCGAGUGUGUGCAGCGCGAACUAUCAGCGAAGCUCGACAAGGUGACGCCGGCACUCAGGGAUCUCCAGGAUGCGAGGCGAGCUAAGGCUCAUGUGACACAGAUCGAUGCCAACCUCAAUUUUAUCCGGCUUCAUAAGAAGGGCGAGAUCACAGAUUUUGACGCGGAGGUGGAGAUGCUUCUCGAGAAGGCGGCCAGAGAGAUUGGGGUCGCUGAUCCGCAUGGUUCGAACAUCACCGCGCCUAUGUCGUCGGAUGAUACUUCUUUGGGGGUCGAUCAGGUUUCUGGUGAAACCACCACUGUAGGAGAUGAAGCUGGCGAGCCGACUCCCGAGAAGACGACAGACGCCACCUCUAUUUAG